AUGGAGAGUAACAAUAAAGAUGAAAUGACUGAUCGAUACCUAACCACUUUUAACCUUCGGGAUUCUAACAACGUCCCCUUGACAGUCAACGCCGUUGCUGGGACGGCACAGGUGCAGAACGUGACUCAGGGAGUGAUCCUGGCGGGGGACUCCUUGGUGCUGCAGAAGGUGGGGCGCCGCCAGGCGGGGCAGUACACCUGCUCCGCCACCAACACCAUCACCACCGCCACCAGCGACCCCGUCACCCUCAGGAUCAAGUACAAGCCGGUGUGUCAGAUCUCUCCAACGACGUACUUCAUAUACGACAAGCCCAUCAACGUUACCUGCUCCGUCUCUUCCUUUCCCCCCGUGCGUUCCAUCCUGUGGCAGUGGAACAGCAGCAGUGAAGUUAUCAGCACAGAGGUGACGAACGAGGAGGAACAGCAACGCACCUGGGCCCAGCUCACCGUUGAGCCCAUUCAGACGAGGGAGGAUCGAACCCUGACCUGCUGGGCUGUAAACGAGAUGGGCAAACAGGCAACUCCUUGCGGCUUCGCUGUCAAAGUCGCCCAGAUGCCGCUUCCACUAUCAUCAUGCAGACUUGCCAACAUCACAGACUCCUCCCUCAGUCUCUCCUGCCAGAGGCCAGACGUCGCCGCCGCCGGCACCACACUCUACAGAGCCGAGGUGUACUUCGAGAAUCGAACACUCUUCGCCAACGUGACGUCCCACCGUCCCAACUUCAACGUGAGUCGCCUGGACGCUGAAACAAGUUACCAGAUCAAGGUGUAUGUUACCCACGGCCCCGUCACCUCCCAGCCUGUAGUGGUGUCUGCCUACACCUCCAGGACCUCCAGGACAGCUACAGGUACGUUACACUCCCUCCCAGCCUGUAGUGGUGUCUGCCUACACCUCCAGGACCUCCAGGACAGCUACAGGCACUGGUGUCUGCCUACACCUCCAGGACCUCCAGGACAGCUACAGGUACGUUACACUCCCUCCCAGCCUGUAGUGGUGUCUGCCUACACCUCCAGGACCUCCAGGACAGCUACAGAUUCGCGAGGAGGCAGCACGUCAGUGGGCAAGGUGCUGGGCGGGCUCCUGCUGCUGCUGCUGGUGCUGGUGGCCGGCGUGUGGCUCAGACACUACUGCCGCAAGGCUAACACCAGGAGAAAACACGACCCCCGGCUCCCCUCAGAUGAGAGCAACCCAGAUGUGGUCCCCAACACCGUAGAAGACACCUUCGACUUGCUGGCUGCCGGAGCUGCCAAAUCUGAGCUGCCCAUCUUGACCCCUGUGUAUGAUGCUGUAGGAGUCUCGCUGCAGGAAGGGGUGGCUAGGAAAUCCCUGGCGUCAGCAGAGGUGUAUCCGGACGCGAGACUCCAAUCCAAAGAUUCUGAGAACUAUCAGGCUUUAAGACUCCAACACAACGACCACCUAGAGGGCUAUCCGGGGGUCCGUGCUGUGAAUAAAGACUCCAAGAGUUAUCCAGGAGUCCGUCUUACGUACUCAGACCCCGAGGAUGACCAGGGGUUGCGGCCCCUAAGCAGAGGCUCCGAGGAAUAUCUUGACAUAAGGACUCAGCACCAAGACUCUUCCGAUGAAUACCCAACGAGAAGACUUCAUAACCAAGAGUCUUCUCCCGAAGAGUAUCCUGGGAAGAGGCGUCAACAUCAAGAUGAUAACCCCGAAGAAUGCCAAGAGAAGAGACUUCGGCACGAAGACCUUUCUCCGGAGGAAUAUCCGGGGAGAAGGUUUCAGCGUCAAAAUUCCCCCGAAGAAUACCCACGAAUAAGUCUUCAGCACCAGGACCCCUCCGAAGAGUACCUAGGAAGGGGCCUACAGCAUCUUAGGUCGUCCGAAGAAUUCUCGGCAAGGAGACUUCACCACCACGACCCGACGGACGAUUACCACAGCAGGAGAUUUCAACACCAAGAUUCUCCAGAGGAAUAUCCGGGGAGUCAUCAUCAUCAUCAUCAUCAUCAUGACCCCUCUGAUGAGUGCCCGGAUAAGAGGCUUCAACAAGAAGACUCCGAAGAUUAUACGAAAGCAAGGACUGACUUCCACUGUCCGGUGGACCAACUGAUGCAGGCCACCGAGACGGUGGUCUGAGAGCCCCGCGCCAACACGUAGAGAUGGCUCCAGACCGGCCAGUGUUCUCUUCUACACGUUCAUCAUGGUGUUCUUGCCCUCCAAACUGUGUUCUGUAAUGGCUACUGUCAUUGGUUGGAAUAAAGUAUAUAUAUAUAUAUAUAAAUAUAAAUA